AUGGGUAAGCAGAGAUUCAAGUCCUUUGAUUCCAAUGAUGGGUCAACCACAUCAUCAAAUAAGGAUAAUCCAAGUGCAUUUAUUGAUCAUAGAAAAUUAAAUGAUCUAGCUCAUAUUCAUUCAUCACCUGCUAGAACAAGAAGAAGAAACAGUUCUUUCGGAUAUGCCACAAGUCCAAAUGAAAGACGUUAUGAAGGAACUCCAUUAACUAACAAUAACUUAAGAAAUUUCAAUCUGAUAGAUUCAGGUCCUUUAGAUAGAACAGUAGCUAUUGAUAUGGAUAGGUACACCAGAGAUCAAAGUAAAUAUGCUGAAACCCUUGAACAGCAAAGAAGAUAUGAAAGUUCUAUCCAUGAUUAUGAUAUAAAUGAUAAUGCUAGUUUCAAUUCUUUAGAAUUUGGAGAAUCCAAUCCAUCAAGUGAUCAUUCAUCUGAUUCUACUUCUUUGGAUGACGUUUGUUUCCCUGAAUAUUAUGAUGAUCAUCAAAGUAAUUCAAACAUUUGGCCAGACUUAAGGAUAUUACAAGAAUUCAUUGAAGAAGAGACAAAGGAAAUAGGUGAAGAACUCAACGACAGUGAUCAUGUGAACUUCAAAUAUCCUUUGGAGAAUAAAAAAGUCAAUGAAGUGGAAAACAUUUCACCUGCUGGCAGUUCCAUCAAACUUACACCCACCCCUAUUCAACCUUGGGAUAAGAGUAAUAAUCUAUUCACUCAGAAUCAGAACAAGCGUAAACAACCAGAUUAUAGGUUUACGUAUUUUAGAGAAGAUUUGAGUAAGACCAUUCAUUCACCAACAAUAAGUGGAUUAUUAUCCAAUAAUUCUAAGAUUAAAGAACCAGCAACUAAAAAUUUACAAAAGAAAUGGAGAGACCAAGAAGAUUUGGACAAUGAGGUUGAUAAAGAGUUAACUUUAGAUGAUUUAUUCCAACCCAUUUCUUAUGCUAAUGAUGUUAGGUCAGAAAUUAAAUCACCACCUAUGAGUUCUAGACUCGAGUCUCCUGUAAAUAGAGAUUCAAAAGCUGACCUUAAAGAUACUCAUGAAGAGAUAUCGCAAGUGAAAAACUUGUUAGCUAAGCAAUUAACGGAUACCCCCAAAACAGAUACAAUUACGGAUUCAAUUUUGACUGAAAGAGUUAAUCCAUUUUGGUUAGAUGUUUUGAAUCCUACAGAAGAAGAAAUGAAAGUAUUAUCUAAAACUUUCGGAAUCCAUCCCUUAACUACCGAAGAUAUUUUCCUUGGAGAAGCCCGUGAAAAAGUGGAACUAUUCAAAUCUUACUAUUUCAUUUGUUUCACAUCUUUUGACAUUGUUUAUGAACGUAGGAAACAAUUGAAGAAGGAACAUGAAAGAAAGUUGAAUAAAAUGGCAGAAUUGCAAGAUCCAGAAAUGGACAAUUUUAUUGGUAAGAUCAAAUCAAGAUUGUUCCCCAAAGCUUCAACCGUAUCAAGUAAAUCAUCUACUUCCAUGAAAUCAACAGGAAAGAAAAUAAGAGAAGGAGAAUUGAGUCCUCUUUCAAUGUAUAUGAUCAUUUUCAAGGAUGCUGUGAUAACCUUCCAUUUUAGUGCUACACCCCAUCCAAUUAAUGUCAGAAGAAGGGCAAGAAUUUUGAAAGAUUAUUUAACAGUGUCUUCCGAUUGGAUCUCAUAUGCAUUGAUCGAUGAUAUAACUGAUUCCUUUGCACCUAUGAUUGAGAGUAUUGAAGAUGAAGUGAAUUCGAUUGAAGAAGCAAUUCUUAGAAUGCAUGCCGGUGAUAAUGAUUCCGAUACUGAAGAUGAAUCUGAAAGUGAAGAUGAAGAAGGUAUGAAAUCCGUUAGACCUACCAAUAUCUUUUAUAAACGUUCUAGAUCUAAAAGUACCGUAGGUAAAAAUGGGUACAUGUUAUUGGACGAACAUGGGAAAAAUUUCAAGAGAAAACCAUCGGCCGUAUCGACUUCAUCAAAGACCAAAUCCAAAACAUCCAAGUCAUCAUCAAAGAUAUUAGGAUGGAAACGGAAAGGUGACAUGUUACGUAGAAUUGGAGAAUGUAGAAAAAGGGUAAUGUCAGUACUUAGAUUGCUCGGAUCAAAAGCUGAUGUUAUUAAAGGAUUCAACAAAAGAUUAAAUGAAGGAGAAUUGCAUGACAAAAAGUCCCCUCAAUCCAGACAAGAGAUUACUAUGUAUUUAGGAGAUAUUCAAGAUCAUAUUAUUACCAUGGUUCAAUCAUUAAACCAUUAUGAGAAAUUACUUGCCCGAUUCCAUUCCAAUUAUUUGGCCCAGAUUAAUAUUGAUAUGACCAAAGUUAAUAAUGAUACUAAUGAUGUGUUAGGGAAGAUUACUAUUCUUGGUACUAUAGUAUUGCCUAUUAAUGUAGUCACUGGGUUAUGGGGUAUGAAUGUUAUUGUUCCAGGACAAGAACACCCAGGAUUAAUCUGGUUUUUCUCUAUAGUAGGAAGCAUGAUAGUAUUUUCAUUCUUUGCUUAUUUCUAUGCUAAAAGGGCAUACGGGUUAUGA